AUGGCAGCCAUACUAUUAGCAGAAGCUGAGGAAGUGCAGCCACAUCCUGGCCGAGUGAUAAGGGAUAGGGACCAGCCCCUCGACUCUCUUUCUGAGACGCAGUUAGUUAAGAGAUACCGGUUCGGUCGCGAGGCAAUUUUCUUUCUAAUUAAUCUACUCACCAAUCAAAUCUCACCACCAACGGAACGCAACAAGGCAAUCCACCCCACACUACAAGUUUUGAUAAGCCUUAAUUUCUUCGCAACCGGAUCGGUCUUGGAAAGUGAUGCAAAUAUCCAUGGCAUUCACCGCAGCACCGUGUCUAGGAUAAUCCACAGGGUCUCUGAAGCCUUGUGUGGUCACAAGAGCCAGUUCAUCAAGUUCCCCAGGACUGAUGCUGAAACAGCCGCCAAUAUUCAGGAUUUCUAUAGAAUCGCAGGCUUCCCGAGAGUGGUAGGGGCUGUUGAUGGCACGCACGUGUGCCUACAUGGCUGCCCAUUAGGCCCAGAUGAAUACGUUUACACCAAUAGAAAGGGCAGGUCUUCCAUCGACGUCCAAUUGGCUUGCAACGCAAAAUUCCAGAUAAUAAAUGUCGUUGCGAGAUGGCCGGGGAGUACCCACGACUCCAGGAUUCUUCAGAAUAGCAGACUGUACCGCAAGUACAAUAAUGGAGAACUGAAAGGGAUCAUCCUCGGUGACUCUGGUUAUCCCUUGAUGACAUGGUUAAUGACCCCCAUCCUUAAUCCACAGACACCAGAGGAACAAGCCUACAACAAUGCACAGUGCAAGACGAGAUCGAUCAUCGAACAAGUGAAUGGGCAGCUAAAAAAUAAAUUUAGAUGUCUGCUCGGCCAUGGCCUACAAAUUCGACCAAAUAGGGCCUGCAACAUCAUCAUUACUGCAUGUUGCAUAUUAUUCAACAUUAGUAAAAGAUUCAGACACCCAGCAGCAGACGAUAAUGAAGAUGACCACAUGAUCGAUGACAACAUGGAAGGAGAAAUCAACAGGGAAAGGGGAGAUGCAGCGGCCAUCGCUGUCCGGGCCCAGAUCGUACAGUCUUUUGUUGUGUAGUAUAUAAUUUUUUCAAUGGCUUCAUCAUUAUAUCAAUGCUGGGAUUUAUGUAAUGCCGUAAGCACUAAUAAUUUCAACCCCCCCCCCCCCUUCAUAAGGAUAACAAGUUGAUUAAAAAGUAAUAUUUGGAGCUGGCAAUUACGUAUAACCUUCUACACACUUGUUGGUCAAAUUUCUUUUGGUUGUAGUCUGUUUUAAAAAUACCUAACAACAUGGUCAUAAGUUUUCAAAUUAUAUACACUGAUGCUCUUCCAUUAUGAAUUAAUAUUUACUGUCCACUAGUUGAAACUGUGAUUUGCUAUAACACAGUAAACACUUCAUUUUGUAAAAGCCAAGUAAAGCAUCCUUGUACUUUUGAAAUGCAUGUUCAA